AUGGAAUCCAGACCAGAUCUCGAGUCCCAAAAACCAACCCCGCAGGUCGAUUCUCCUCACGACUCGGAAUCAGAAGAUGACCUCGCCCUAAAACCCCAGGCCUCGAAUGCCUAUGGCAUCCCAACGUGGCGCAAAUGCCUCAUCCUCUUUGUCGUCAGCUGGAUGACCUUGGCUGUCACAUUCUCCAGUACUUCACUAUUGCCCGCAAUCCCGGAGAUCGCUACCGAGUUUUCUACUACAUCGGAGAUUCUGAAUGUCACUAAUGCUGGUGUGCUGAUUGCCAUGGGCUUCUCCUCUUUUAUUUGGGGCCCACUCACCCACUUAUUCGGGCGUCGCAAUGCCUAUAAUGCAGCUAUCCUUGUGCUUUGUGCAUGCUCGGCCGGUACCGCCGCAGCGAUCAAUUUGCACAUGUUUAUCGCAAUGCGUAUUUUGGGAGGCUUCACGGGUACCUUCUUCAUGGUUGCUGGGCAGACUAUUCUUGCGGAUAUCUUUGAACCGACUGUGCGUGGAACAGCUAUAGGCUGCUUCAUGGUUGGAUCUGUCAGUGGGCCUGCAAUUGGGCCUUGUAUCGGCGGCAUCAUUGUCACGUUUUCUCAGUGGCGCAUUAUCUACUGGCUCCAAUUUGCGAUGACUUUACUCGGCCUCGUCUUGUCUCUUCUUUUUGUGCCAAGUAUCCAAGAAAAGAACCGGGUCAUAGACUCCGACAAACCCUGGAAGCUUUACACUGUCAUAAGCAUGUUCAAUCCCUUGCGCAUCUUUCGUCAAUUCGUGUAUCCCAACAUCUUUCUUGCAUGCCUCACAUGUGGCCUUCUUUCUACAUUCCAAUAUGCACUUCUCACAUCAGCCCGCUCAAUUUUCAAUCCACGUUUCAACCUGACGACUCCACUCGUCAGCGGUCUAUUCUAUCUCUCCCCUGGAAUAGGCUUUUUGAUUGGUAGCGUCGUUGGCGGCAGGCUGUCCGACCAUGCCGUGAAGAAAUGGAUUCUUAAACGAAACGGGGUGCGCCUACCUCAGGAUCGACUGAACAGUGGCCUUGCAACCCUUUUUGGGGUCCUCCCAAUUGCAACCUUAAUCUACUGCUGGACCUUACAGGAAGAAGUGGGCGGUAUGGUUGUGCCAAUUAUCGCCGCUUUCUUUGCAGGUGUAGGGCUUCUGGGUGCUUUCAACGGGCUGAAUACUUAUUCGGCUGAGGUUAUGCCGCAUGUUCGUUCGGAGGUCAUCAGCGCAAAGUAUGUGGUGCAGUAUAUCUUUGCUGCCGCAGCGACGGCAGCUGUUGAGCCAGUAAUCAGUGCUAUCGGAGUAGGAUGGACAUUUACAAUCUCUGUCAAAGAUGCCACUCGCAUAAAAUCAAGUGUUCCGGAGAUCAGCCGUGUAGCAAAUGCCACGCGGUGGGACUCGCUGAUGAAUGUGCAUAUGCUACUCGAGAUCGCCAGCUAUCUAGAUCAGAUCCUUGCAGAGAAUCAGCGGCUCAAGGAGCGGUCGAUCACUUCGGCUCAAGUUGCCGAGACCAACGACCCCUCGCAGAGACGCCCUUCCAGAACAGCAGAUGUCCCUGAUGGAACAGGCAUACAGAAUCCAUUGAUUGGAGAUCGAGCCUGGUUCCACCGAUAUGAUCCCUCUUCGCCACCCAUCUACAUCGGCGAGGCAGCAUGUUCAGCAUUCGCAACACGGUUUCGCCGUUUCUUGUCAGGGAAUAGUGCAAUGCCACAUAUUCCCCGAACACAGUACGAGCGUGAAGAGACAAUCACCGCAGCGAAUGAAGCCGAUAUCCAGUGGCCGAGUCUUCACCAUGCUCGGUUGUUAGUCCGGAUAGCAAUCCACCAGAUUGGGCAUCUGUACCACCUCAUGAUGCGCAAGUCAACAUUAGAUAAGCUGGAAGAGAUUUACCAGACACAAGACUUUGACUGCACGGCCAGCAAGUGUAAGUUCUUCGCCCUGUUCGCCUUCGGACAGGCGUAUUCAAUCCGAUCCGAGCCCAAUUCUGGCUCCAGGGUGCCAGGCACGUCAUACUUUGCUCGAUCAAUGGGAUUGGUCCAGAUGCUGCCGGAGAGAACCAGUGUUACACAUUUGGAAACUCUGCUAUUGUUGUCUCUUUUUUCAUACUAUCUCAAUCGGCGUCAUUCAGCGUACAUCCUGAUCGGAAACGCCAUGCGGAUGGGUUUGACUAUCGGCUUGAACCACAAUAUCCCAGAAUCACAGCUCAUCGACCCAGUAGAACGCCAACACCGCAUCCAAAUAUGGUGGACAAUCUACAUCUUCGAUCGGAUGUGGGGCUCCAAAAUGGGUCUCCCGAUGCAAAUCCUCGAUGAAGAUAUCCACGUCGACAUGCCAUCGACCAUCUCCCCCGCUGGCGCCACGAAGAAGAACUCUCCGACUCAGAAUACAUGA